AUGAUCCAGACGCCGGGCCUGCGGGGCAGGAGCCGCGGGCGAUCCCGGGAGCCAGAGCCGGGCCCAGCCGCGGGGGCUCCGCCUCCCCCGAACGCGCCGCCCAAAGAAAAGCUCCCUGAGCGGAAGACCAAAGGGGGCAAGAGGAAGGCGGCCUCGGACCCGGUAGAGGAGCGACCCAUGGCCACCGGGCCCGACCCCGACGGGCUGGACGGGAACGCAGAGCUCACGGAGACCUACUGCGCGGAGAAGUGGCACUCGGUCUGCAACUUCUUCGUCAAUUUCUGGAAUGGCUGAGGCUGCCGGCUUGCGGGGAUAGGAGAGGACAAGGGGUAGGGUGUAGGGGAUGGGAGGUGGGGGGUGUCAAUGCAUCCAGGGAAGGGAAGCCAAGGGCAUUUCACACCACGGAUACCGGCAUAGAGAGGGGGCGAGGGUGUCCGGAGUCUGAAAUGGAGCCGGGGUGGAGAAGGGAGGCUACGGUGAGGCUUGGAAUGAGUGUCGAGCUGGCUGCAGAAUCUCUGGGGCUACAGAGAAAGUAGAAUUUUUGAAGCAUCUCGACCCUGAUAAAGUGCUAGACAAAUAGUGGAAACGGAAGUAAAUGUCCCUUAAACUUGCGAAGGGGAUAAUAGGGUGAUUAAAGUAUUGCUAAUCCCGUGCAGAGCAGGAUACAAUGUAUGUUGUUUAACGUGUUUAUAUUAAAAUGUUACAUGAGCAGUUGAGAGCCGUGGGCGAAGCUGAAUCGUUCAGUGUCCUCUUACCUGGUUAGCGGGCGAGAUAAAAAACUUGGGUGACCUCUGUGGGGACAGGAGCUUCAUAGAACAAAACUGGCUCCAAAGAAAGAUGUCCAGGACGGUUGCUUUUGUUCUUUAACAAGUGCUCCUUUUCAGUGGACCAAGGAUGCUGACGUUUGAAACUUUCUCAUAACUUUCUGGAUUCGGAAGUGAAUUUUAACAGUUGAGCGCUCCAGUAGAUUCUUUUUGAAACAAAUAAGUCUUUUUGUAAUUGAUCAUUAUUUUUAAAAACAGCUAGCAUGUAAGUAGUAGCUCAGAGUCAUUUGGACCAUUUUGGAAGCUUUAUCUUUUUAUUAUUGUUAACAUUUUCAUUUUUAAUGUGAUGUAAUGACUUUAUGUGUUAAAUGCUCAAUAAAAACUGUGAUUAGA